CGGACAAGCUAGUGAUGACAACCUUUCCGUGAACUCUAACGUUUAGAGGUUGUCACCGUGGUGGUGAGAUGGUAGGGAUGAGUGGUGAUGAUUGUGCCCAUCUUUUGCACCAAAAGGCCCUGACCCCACUGGUCAACAGUGAGCAAUUCAUUCUUGUUCUUGCAUGUUCAUAUCUAUCCCGGUGAGGAACUAUGUUGCCCCUUUGUCUGUUCCUUUGACUUGAAUUAUAUGCAUGGUCGGUUGUGAUUGAUUAGUGGCCUGGUUGAGACUUGCAUUGAUUGUGGAUAGAAUGAGAACUUUUCAUUUGCCCAUUUUUGAUGCAAUUGAAUUUCAUUUGUGGUGGAUGCCGGAAUUGUUUGAGACGGUUCGAGUGUCGAUGCCCAAAUAGUCAUUUGAGAUUCACAGCCUUGUGCCUUUUGAAAUGCCCCCUAGAUAUCUUUGUAGGUUGAAAUAUUACCUAGGUUGAGAAUGGUUUGCUUGGGGACAAGCAAACGUCUAAGUGUGGGGGAGUGAUUCGGGCCUAAUUGUACAUGUUUUACCCCCAUUUUCCUUAGGCGUUGGUGGCAAUUUCGCUCCUAAAAGGUUGGUUUUACGCUAUGUUUCUUGUGUUUUAGUGUGUUUCAGGAUCUAACCGGUGAAACCAGCCCCGGAGUUGAAAGUUGGAAGAAAAAAAGAAAAGAGGAGGAAACAGCUUGUGUUCAAGGUUUACCAUUGGAGUUCACAGUCUUACAGGACCAUGAACUGGAGCCAAAAUCCGUGAAUCGUGAAGCAUCCAGGGCAAAUCCAGAGGUUACGGACGCCGAGUGAGUUCACGGUCGCUAAGACCGUGAAUGUGAAGCGGUGUGUUUUGGUCUCAGCACUAAUUUCACAGACGCGUUUCAAUGUUCACGGCCGUGAACUGAGGUCUAAGACCGUGAACUGCUCAACACGGCCUUGAACUAAGACCGUGAACUGCUCAACGCGUCCUUGAACUCAACUCUAAGACCUUGAACAUAGCCUGAUUUGGGUAUAAAAGGAGAGGGGAGCUUAAGGAGAAAGGGGAGCUUCAUUUUUAGGUUAGUUUUUCAUUUUCAGAAGAUAGAGGAUUAUAGUGAGAGGUUAGGGUUUCUUCUAGAUUGAGAAAGUGAAAAUCAAAGGAGGAAGAAGGAGCUUUAGGCUUGUUCCUAGCUAGAGGAUUGAAGAUUUCUUCAUCUCAAGGGUGUCUCAAGCAACAAGGAGGAAAGAUUGACAUCACUUUAUGGUUCUUUCUUCUCUUUUUGUUGUUUUCUCUUGCUUAGAUAUAGAAUAGCUAAUGACUCGAUAUUUGCACAUGUUUUCCCCUUUGUUUCUUGAUUGUUUGAGCUUGAAUUAUUGCGUCUUUGUCCUAUUUUAUGCUAGGUUGUGUUCCUUUGUCACAUUUCAGGUCCUAGCACAUAAAGUGAAGCAUAGGCGCAAGUUUCAAAUCAAUCAGAGAUCAAUUGACGAUUCGGGAGAAGAAACUCGGGCAUGACCUGAAGAAGAAUGGAUUUCUACCUCACUUUAUGGAAAACGAAUCAUGCAAGCUUGUCAUGAAAAGAAAGAGGACAAGACUAUGAGCGUCUGGGAUCAAACGGGGAUUGAUUCGGAGUCCGGACGAGGGAGAAACGAAGCACUAAACAGAGGCUGAGCAAGCCACACGGACAUCCUGGAAUUCCACACGGCCGUGUGGGUCGUGGCCGUGUGGAAAUCACCGAGCCUUCACACGGGCAGCUGGGAAAGCCACAAGGCCGUGUGGCCUGGCCGCGUGAUCGGGAAUUUCUGUUAAAAACUCGAUUUUCAGCCAAAGGAAAGGGGAGAGCUGGGUUUUGGUUCCCAAACACCCAAGGGACGAACCCUAGAGAGAGAGAGCGACUUGGGAACAUUCUUGGAGCUAUUUUGGAGGAUUUCGGGAAUCAAGCUUGGAGAUGGAGAUUGAAGAUCUAGAUCAGAUUUCUGCAGUCUCUCUCUUCUCUAUGGAGUAACUUCCCUUCACUUAGGUUUUGAGGAACCCUAGUUCCAUGUGUUAGGAUCUUUCUUGUAUGAAGUUUUGGAUGCUAUAUUGUUUGAUUAUAAUCGAUUGAGGCAUGAUUUAUUGAGUCAAUUGAAUCUUGAUCAAGUUCUCUUGAUUUCUGCUUUAACCUAUGAUAGAUAGAAUCUGAUUAGGUUAAGAGAGCUUCCUUGAUUGAUAGUGGUGAAUUGGUUGUGCGAGAGUCAAUCAAUUCAUUGCUUUGUACUGGAAUUCAUUCCAGUAGUGGAGAUCUGUGUGAAUCGCCUUAGCAGUCUAUCCCGGUGAAGGCUAGUCGCCUGCCGGGUAUUCUGUCUAAGAGGGUUUGGUCAGCUUAAGAGUUUCUAAGCUAAUUUAGGAUCUUCCUCAGUUUAAUCAACAGUAGAUCAACCAAAGGUAAUUGCAACUUGGACCUAAUCGAGGAGCUAGGGGGAAUCAUACCUAAGUGAGUUCCCAAAUUGUAAUUAGUAGAGUAGUUAGUAGAGUAGUUUAAUAAAUCAAUCCUUAAUCUAGUUUGCUAGAUAAUGAACUAAAGCUGAGUAAUAGUUACUCUAAAGACCCGUGGAUUCGAUAUUUAUUACUUGUGCCACUAUACUGCAGUCCCUUUCAUUGGUUACACUUGGCCAUUGUUAGGUGUUGUGUUUUAGCGUGUCAAGUUUUUGGCGCCGUUGCCGGGGACUUUCUAGAUUAUUAGGAAAGGCAGAAGUUUGUUACUUUAGCGUUUUUAUUUUCUUUUCCACCCUUGCUUUUCACUUGGGUGUUUUUUUGUUUUUGUUGGUGCAGAUCUGAAUCAUGGAUCCUCAUGGCUUCUCCAACCAUUGGGGGUAUCCACCACCAUCCGAGUGGUAUUACCCCGAGACUCCCUGGAGCAAUCAAGGAGGAGAAGACUAUGGAUUUGGGUUCCAGUACCAACCCCCUUACUACGGAGAACAAUCAGACCCCUGGGCAUAUCAAGAACAACCUCAUUACCAAGAAGACUUUCUCCCACAACCAGAAGGGCCAUCGGAGCUGGAGUUACCCAUGGCGGCCUUCACGGGCCACUCUGUAGAGCCAUGCUACACUUCACUGGAAGAUCCGAACAAACAAUUAAGGCUUCUCGUGGAGCAGUUUGCUUGAGACACUGAGAGAUCAUGCUCCAAGAUGGAUCUUCAAAUCAAAGCCCUUGCCGCUUCCGAUCCCUCAUUUCUCCAUGAUAUGGAGGAGACUGUUCAGCGCUCAGCGAAGCAAACAGAGUGGGUGGAGCAAGUUUGCUCACAUCUUGCUCAAGAUCACCUUUCUACUACCACGCUAGAAGAGGUGGAGGAUGACAAAGGCUACGGGGAUGUUGAGGAGCAUACAGAAGUUAUCACAGAGAAAUCCCAUGAUAAUUAUGAUCAGGAAAGUCCUCUGGUUGCAGAUCACACAUUUCCUUAUUUAUGCUCUAACAUGCUGGGCCCGAGCGAGGAGAUGCAAGAUGAUCUCAUUGAAGAAAUUACAUGGCGACUUGCUCUCCAAUUUGUGCUAGAAGAAGAAGAGCAAGAAAGGGUGCAGAAAGAAGUUGUGGAGGAUGACGAAAGUGAAGCAGGAGGAGUUCUUGAUCAUUUCUCAGGGGUGAUAGCACAUGAAGAAGAAAGGGGGGUUGAAGAAGCAAUUGGCAUCCAGGCUGAGGACGGAGUUAAGGUGGAAGAGGCUUGCACCGGCCAUGAGUUACAUGUGAUAUCUCCACCAAACUUCGAGGAACUGCUUAGCAAGGACCCAUUUGCAAUAUCUCUUUGUCGGACCAAGGCCACAUCGACAUCAGUUCCUCUUGGACGCGAUGAUGGUCCAUCGAUGCUGUCAUAUCUAGUAUGGGGCAAUGAGACGAGAGAAGAGAAGAAGAGGUCUCGAGGGUGGAGACGUUAUCUGCAUCAAGUGCACGAGCUUCCAUCACCUGUCAUACCACAUGCUCGUGACUUGAGACUCCACCUCAUCGACGAGAACCUCAACUUCAAGGAGGUUUUGGGGUGGACCGAAACUUAGGAGCCAUCGUCCGGCUCACGACGUGAAAGAAGCGCUUGUUGGGAGGCAACCCAACCAGUCGGUUUGCAUUUCUUUCUCUUUUCCUCCUCGCUUGAGUCAGUUUUGUUAUUUGAUUUUAGAGUCAAUAACUCAACCUUUGUGAGAUUUUGUGGUGUUUGUGUUCCGACUACUCUCUCCUCCUGGAAUGCACCGCCUGCCCCGUCCACCAUCAUUCACCCUUGAUCUGGUAACUUCGUUCUACCCUCCUUAUCUUUCCUCCAUUGAGGACAAUGUCGUGCUUAAGUGUGGGGGGAUGUUUGAUUAUGUAUGCGGGUGAAUGUUGGCUGUUUGUGUGCUUGGAGACUAGUCCACUGUCCAAAUUUUUAAAUUUGAGGGCUCUAAGUACGUGUUUACUUGCAAAUUGCCUGCUCAAUAUGCUUUAAAUUGACAGUCUCUAUAGUAAUGUGCAACCUAGGGAGGUAGUGUAGCACUAUGGAGGAUGUUGAAGUAUAAGAUUUUUCCUAUCUAGCUCUCUGCUGUGUCAGUUGAUUUUGUGAAUUAGUGGAGCUAAGACCGUUGAAUUCAUGUGGUAAUGUGGACUCUGUUUGAAUUGUGUUAUGGACUCGUGUAUCAAAAAGGGUGCUCAUAUGGAAAAUGGGAAGCAGUUGGUCCUCCAUGUCGAAAUCAUUAAAAUCUUAAACAUGGG